AUGAGGGCUGAGGAUGGUGAGCGGGCCAUUGUUGCGGUCCAGGAUACUCUUAACAGUAUUAAAAGUCGCCCACAUCGUCAACAAGUUCUCAUGGGAGUGAGCUCAGGACUAGUUGCAGGUUACAUCUUCGCGAAAAUUGGGAGGGCGGCUGCACUUCUCUUAGGCGGGACUUUAAUUGCCUUGCAAUGUGCGGUUCAACAAGAUAUUAUUCACAUUAAUUGGAGGAAAGUACAAUAUGCUGGUGACAGGUUACAGUCGAGCACACCGAUUUUCGGAGAUAAGUAUGAAGCAGAUCACAAUAUGCGAUCUGAGUGUUUUUGGUUUCCAAAAGAAACUGGUGAAAUUUUACCCCGAACUGUGCAAUUUGAAGAUUCCCGCUCCACCUACUUCCACCUUGACAACUGGGUAGUAUCAUCAGCUCAUAGUCUGCUGCAUGCAAAGUCUGCUCCGGGUAACUGAGCUCAAAAUGCCAGCAUAAAACGCAAAUUGGACUGCUGAACGUUCAUGGAAAGUUGCACACUAAAAACUCAGUCAGUAUGUGUGAAAUACGUUCGUUAUUAAAUAAUAAUAAUAAAUAAUGCAGUACAGCUAUGUACACUGUGAUUUAGUGAAUAAGAGGGUAAAUUCAUCACAUGAGACGAUUAUCACAUUCAAUCUGAGCAUACCUAGAAAGAGACACCUAGAGCGGUAUGAAAGCUUCACAGUUGGACCAUCAAAUACAAAAAUACCAAUUACAAUAAUGAUAAUCAAAAAGGUUGUCUUGCAGUUUUACUCUUUUAUGAUCAUUUAUUGGUUCCCAUAAAUGUCAUUGUUCAUUGUCAUAUAUUUUCCCAUAGAAUAUAGUUUUGAUUUAGACGCACUUAAUUUUGCACGUGUUUUUCAGCUGGGCUAAUAUCAGACUUACGGUCUACUUCUAGUUCAUCAUCACUAUAUUUUAUGCAUAGCAUUUUCAUUGCUUAUGUAUGCAUAUCUCUUUGUGUAUGUGUGUGUGUGUGUGUGACUGCGUGACUUCAUUCACGUCCUAAUUUAAAAAAAAUUAUAAUCAUAUGAAUUAUGUUGUAAUAUACACAUAUGUCUUUUGUUGUUAUAAGAAUGUAGUGGUUCAGCCACCAUGAUGUAUUUAUAUAUACCUAAUGUGUUGUAGUUAGUGAAUGUUUCUUACUGUUUUUUGAAGAUUCCGGUUUUUAAAUGAAAUGCCGUUGUCCACACACAUAACGUUUCGGCCCUUGGUAAUUCUGACUGAUUGUAAGCUUGUUGGGCGUGGGUGGUUACUACUUCCUGAUUGCUCACGCGGUAGAAAUUGCAUUUCACCCUGAAAUACUUGAAAGAAUAAGGAAGAGAGCACUGUUGUCACAUGACUGAAAAGCCCAGGCGACAACUACUUGAUUAUCAAACGUAAACUUCGUAUCAGGCUCAGAGAAUUUUGGAAAUCUGAAAGUCAGCAUUACUGAUUAAUAAGUAAUUAUUAAUUCAGUUUAUAUUGUAGUAUAUAAACCAGCAUAUGUGGUUGGCUAUUAAAUUGCAUUAUUUUUGCUGUAGGUUAGCUUAAAUAAUAAUUUAAUACAUUGGGCUCUGCCGGAUGUUGUAUGUAAAUGCAGCCUGGUUGUUAGGAUUCAGUUGCCGUGGUACAUAUUUAUCACGGAGUUUUGGUCCAAUGGUUUUUACCCCCAACUACCAACCAAUGGGUCACGGGUUUGAACCCUGCCCCACCUGUGAAGGUCUGGGCAACCAGAUAGUUUAACCAGCCAAUAAAUAAUCAAUGUGGCUCACCGCCAACUGUACGGAGGUGCAAGUGAUUGUUAGGUAACAGUUCCUUGAUAGUAUUGUAAACAAAGGCUGGUGCUACUGCAAUCCAGUUUCUCAGAUUGAAGCAGGUCGAGUAGGAUUCUAGCCUAGGAUCUCUGGUUGACUGGUGCUUAAGACAUAAUGAACCACAUCUAUUACACUCCGGCAUAUCCAUAAAAUGUGCAACGGUGGUUCAAUGACAAAAUGCUCACCAGGUUCGGGCUUGAAGCUCGGCUGACUCACUGUUAAACCUUGCCCUGCCAGUAAAAAGCCUGGGAAAGAGGUAAGGUUUGGUGUCGAGCUAGAAACCUUACCGUUUAAGAAGAAGACCAUGGAUACUGAAACUUUUAAGCUCUACGUUCUAUUUGGAAUGUCAAGGAAGGAAAUGAAGAGGUAAAUGAAAGUAAGACACUGUUUCUUAGCGGGAAAUAUAUUGUCCUCACUUCUUUGUGACUGAUUCUUAUCUAUGCGAUGUAAGAUCUUUUGUGGUUAAUUUUUAACUACUAACUGGUUUUAUAAACCGAGCCUCUAUCUCAUAAACCAGGUCAAUUCAGACUGUGUUGUUUAUGUGAAAUUCAUCACUUUAUGAAUGGGAAAUAUUGGCUAUCAUGUUAAGAAGUGAUGAUGGUGGCGUCCAAUCUCAAAAUAAAGUGUUUCCUAAAGAAAUUUCCGAAUCAGAAAUAUUUCACUAGUUAGACCUUAAAAAUAUCCUGUGCCCAGAAAUAUCAUAUAUCGGAAUAAUUUUAACCAUGUUCUUAGUUCUUUUCAAGUUAAUUUAACUUUCCCAUUGAUUUUCAUUGGACGAAAGCUCUGUGCUUGACAUGUCAGCUACUAACACGGAUACUUCGAUUGAUGUCCGGUUUUUGACUGCUAAUAGACGGACAGACAUUCAUGAUGCGUAUUUCGUUCUAUAUGAGACUGGUCGCAGGUAGAUGCACCUGCUUCCCUAGUGAGUGAGUGAGUAAGUAAGUGAUGGUGUUACCACUGAAACUGACUCACCAUCACUAACUGGAGAUGGAUGGUCGUGGUGGUGGGGUGGGGACACGAGACCUAAACAGAAAGAUAUUUUCAUCCUGAAUUCUACAACCAGCAGCAGUCAUCUCUAACCAAAUAACACUACUAGUUAGUUUUGCUCAAUUUUCGUACGCCAUUUCAUCUGCCUUCAAUAUAUAUAUAUAUAUAUAUAUAUAUAUAUAUAUAUAUAUAUGAUGAUAAAAAAGCUCAAUUUCUUCUUAUCUUAUUGUAGAUUAUUAAAGCACUCGAGGAA